CUUUCGCUUUUCGAGUCCCGAUCGAAAAGCGACCUUGAGAGGAACACCCGCAAAAAUGGCUGACGAACACUACAACGCUGAGGAGGCUGCCGAGAUCAAGAAGAGAAGACAGUUCCGCAAGUUUACCUACCGCGGUAUUGACCUCGACCAGCUCCUUGACCUCUCCUCCGAACAGCUCCGUGAUGUCGUCCACGCCCGCGCUCGCAGAAGGUUCAACCGUGGCCUGAAGCGCAAGCCCAUGGGUCUCAUCAAGAAGCUCCGCAAGGCCAAGCAGGAGGCCCGCCCCAACGAGAAGCCCGACCUCGUCAAGACCCACCUCCGUGACAUGAUCGUUGUCCCCGAGAUGAUCGGCAGCGUCAUCGGUAUCUACUCCGGAAAGGAGUUCAACCAGAUCGAGGUCAAGCCCGAGAUGGUUGGCCACUACCUGGCUGAAUUCUCCAUCUCAUACAAGCCCGUCAAGCACGGUCGUCCCGGUAUUGGUGCCACCCACUCUUCCCGUUUCAUUCCCCUCAAAUAAAGAAGAAAAGCUUUUUGGAGUGUCGCGUGGUGGAGGAUCAGGCGUCCGGAUGUGGGAGAACAAAACAAAUUUCGAUGGAUACCAUAUACUGCCUUUAUUUGGAUUCAUCAACUUGUAUGUCAAGUGCGGGUCAGCUGUUUGCAUCUCAAUAUAAAGGUCUUGUCGGCAUGUGAACGAACUCAAAAAAUUACGGGAUCCCUGGAGCUCCGAUGAUGAGAUCCCUUGUCCCCUGUUCUUUGGUCUGGUUGUCUGGCUUUUGAUACCCAGGCCGGGGACGGAACGGAAGGCUUUAAUCUUAUUCCUUUUCAUUUUA